AUGGCUUUCGUCCUUCAAGGCGUGACGGGGGACCUGCAGGAGCAGCGGGUGGUCCUGCAGGGCGAGGAGGACUCUCUCUUCUCAUCGAGGCCAACGGCGGCUCACCUCAAAACCUUGCAGAAGGUCACAGAGCCAAGCACGCCGCGGAACAUCGCCGCCAACAUCGCCGAACACGCCAGGCUGCACCUUGCAAGCACGCCAUCUACGACUUGCGCAGAAGAGGAGGCCAUUGACGCGGCUUGGCCACCGCAAGAAGUGGUCGAGCACAUUGAGAGCCUCAAGCGGGAGGACAAGAAGUUUGAACAGGCAGACGGCCAGUGGCUUGGAAUGGCCCGGAAGCUCGAUGAUGAGCGCGUUGCUUCGGAAUGGGCUUUCUGGGAGGGUAAGGGCUGCUUUGGCUGGCUGGCCUGCCUGCUGCCCGCAUUCCCCCGUCCUGGUCUGCGACUCGGUUUGGAAUUGUGGGCAGUGCUUGUGGAAGCGGCAGAGACAGGUCCGCCGCGCUCAUCGCACCGGGCUUGUGGAGUCCUGAACACGAUGGAGUUCGUCAUGGAGGCUCAAGGUUUUGCAAGUAGUGCUGCGUUUUCUUGCGUGCUUCGACCAGGCAGUGAAGAACCUGGGGCAACCGCAGAUGGAGUUGCCUUCAUGCUCCGCUGCAACAGCCACCGGGACUGCCAUCAGAUUGCGGCGGAGAUCUGGGACAAUCUAGGAAGCAGCAUGGUCAGCGUUCUCAAGUGGAAUGAGGACACUGGUUUGAUCGUGUCGUGGGUGAUCCGUUCGGAAAGGUUCCGCUGCUGCAGUGCCCGCGUCGCAGCGCUGGCCAAGAAAGGAGGGGUGUAUCCAGGCAAGACAGAGCUUUCACUGAGUCUGGCGGGUCCUGCGGAAAGCAUGCCCGUGCAACUGCUCGGUCAGGACAGACUGGGACUGGCCACAGUGGUGGAGGCUCUAGACGAGACGUCGCCGCACUCCCCAGGAUCCCCAGAAGAAGCUUUAGCACUCUCUGCUGUCGUCCCGUCAACGCCCGGGAGCUCGUCCCUGCAAUCGUCUUCAGGGCCGGGAUUGUCAGUGGCUGGCAAGCAGCCGUCGGACGCCUCCGCCAAGCGCUGUGCCCUGAAGGCAGCAACUGCUGCUGGCGCGGACAAGGCAGCUGCAGAGCAGAUCGCCGAGGGGGUCGGGUGCACCGUUGAGGAUUGGCUUGUUGACGGCGCCGCGCAGCGCGCCGAGGAGGUCGGCACGGCGGCUGCCAAGGUGGCCCUUGCAUGUGGGGCCCCGGCCGAGCAAGGUAGCCUUGUUGCGCUUGCUGUGGAGGCAAACGCUCGCGCGAGGCAGGCCGCCUCCAGGCAGGCCACCGCGACCGAAUGCGGGUGCUUCCAGGCCGCAACAUCUCGAGCCUGGCUCCAGCGCUUCUUCCAAUCGCUCCGCUGA